CUAAUAAAGGGAAUCUUCCCUUGACAGAGCUGCAUGCCUGCAAUGGGACUGGAAUGUGCCCCAGAUAAAUCCCCUGAUAACCUAGGAAGCAGAGAUCACACCCAAAGAGUAUAAAAGACGAGCUUCGGAAGAGAGAGGAUAGGACAAGGAAGAGAGAGACCUGAAGAGUCAUCUCAGAAGAAACAGCUUGAACUUCUCUAUUCCCAACGAACCCAGCGCCAUGGACCCUAAAGGCUCAUUUUCCUGUGGCUUCCUCUUGCUGCUGCUCAUCCAACUCCAGUCGGGCAGAGCCAACCCCAUCUACAGCCUCAGCCCUGCCAAAGAACUGGCCAGCAUGGAGGCUCUGCUGGAGAAACUGGAGGAUAAGUUUGCAAUGAUUGAAGCCCUGGAGUCCAAUCCUGAUCUGCAAGAGCCCAAAACCAAGGAGGAGAUCCCACCAGAAUUCAUAGAUGACAGUGAUGACCAGAAGGCUGAGCCCAGGCUAGAACCCAGCACCCCUCUGUCCUACAGGGACCCCUUCCUCAAGAGACUGAGGGGGCUGCAGAUGCCCAAGAUGAUGAGAGAUUCUGGCUGCUUCGGGAGAAGAAUUGACAGAAUCGGCUCCCUGAGUGGAAUGGGUUGCAAUGGUUCCAGGAAGAAUUAGGACAACCUCCCUACAUCCUACUCGGAAGAAUGCUUUACAGUACCAGUUCCUCCCAAGAUGAAAGCCGGAUGCUUUCUAAACUCUUCAACUGAAAGUUAUUCCUAUUUCUAUUUAUUUAUUUAUUUAUUUAUUUGAUUUUUUUUUUUAAAGAACAUUUCUUACUUUAGCACCAAGAGAUAAUCUUUAAAUAAAACUAGCACGUUAGACAUUUAUGCUGGACCUCUCUCCUGUCUGUUGCAUUAAAAUUUCUUGUAUUUUCCCAAAGUCAAAAGCCUAUGUUUUAUUGGUACUCUGGUACCCACAAGGCUGGAUCGAUCUUAUACAAGAUGGAGA